AUGGGUAUGUUCAAUAAGAAUAUAAUAGAUAUAAAUGAAAUAUAGAGAUAUCAGAGAAUUAAACUACAACAACAGAACUAGAGAAACAAGAGGAAUAGAUGGGAAACUUUUACAUCGAAGGCAUCUUGAAAAAUUAUCAAAAUCAAUUAUUUCAUAUAAUUUUCAACAGUUGAUACUAACAAUGUUAUUACAGGUAGAGUUAUUCGUAACCAAAGAAAAGGUGCUGGUUCUAUUUUCACCUCACACACCAGAUUAAGAAAAGGUGCUGCUAAAUUAAGAACUUUAGAUUAUGCUGAACGUCAUGGUUACAUUCGUGGUGUUGUUAAACAAAUCAUUCAUGACCCAGGUAGAGGUGCUCCAUUAGCUAAAGUUGCUUUCAGAGAUCCAUACAGAUACAAAUUAAGAGAAGAAACUUUUAUUGCUAAUGAAGGUGUUUACACUGGUCAAUUUAUUUAUGCUGGUAAAAAAGCUUCAUUAAAUGUUGGUAACAUUUUACCAUUAGGUGCAUGUCCAGAAGGUACUAUUGUUUCAAAUGUUGAAGAAAAAGUUGGUGACAGAGGUGCUUUAGGUAGAACUUCAGGUAAUUACGUUAUUAUUAUUGGUCAUAACCCAGAUGAAAACAAAACAAGAGUUAAAUUACCAUCAGGUGCUAAAAAAAUCAUUUCAUCAGAUGCAAGAGGUGUUAUUGGUGUUGUUGCUGGUGGUGGUAGAAUUGAUAAACCAUUAUUAAAAGCUGGUAGAGCUUUCCACAAAUAUAAAGUUAAAAGAAAUUCAUGGCCAAAAACUAGAGGUGUUGCUAUGAAUCCAGUUGAUCACCCUCAUGGUGGUGGUAACCAUCAACACAUUGGUAAAGCUUCUACUAUAUCAAGAGGUGCUGUUUCAGGUCAAAAAGCUGGUUUAAUUGCUGCUAGAAGAACUGGUUUAUUACGUGGUACUCAAAAAACUUCAGAUUAA